AUGGUGAUGAAGAGAGCCAAGUGCUUUCUUUCCCUCGGCUUCCCAUACUUGCUCCUACUCAUCAUGGGUAGCUGCCUUCCUCAUGUCACCUCCCUUAGCUUCAGCUACAACUUCUCCGGCGCCGGCGUCCUCGCCGGCGCCGACCUCAAGUACAUGGACGACUCCGCCCCCGCCCUCAACCGGAUCGAUCUGACCAACCACUCGAGGAAGUGGAGCACCGGCCGCGUAGCCCACGGGCAGGCGGUGCGUCUCUGGGACGACAGCGCAGGCAAGGCCGCCAACUUCACCACCCACUUCGCCUUCGCCAUCAAGCCCGCCAGCGAUAACAGCGCGGCAAGUAGAAUUACUUUCCCAUGUCAUGCAUGGCGUUCGUACGCUUAUCAGUCGCUGCUUGCGCUGCAGAGAGGUGAUGGCAUGGCGUUCUUCGUGGGGCCUUACCCGCCGAGCAUGCCCAGGGACGCGACGGGCGGGUACCUCGCGCUGUUCAACAACCGCGACAACCCGGCCAACACCGACUUCCCGCCGACCGUCGGCGUGGAGUUCGACACGUACAGGAACCUCGGCUGGGACCCCACCGACACCAACUGCCACAUCGGCGUCAACGUCAACAGCAUCAGGUCCAUGGAGUACACGGCGCUGCCGGACGGCAUCUAUAACGGGAUCAUGUCGGCGAAGGUGAGCUACGACGCCCAAACGGCCACGCUCUCGGCCACUCUGCGGUUUGACGAUCCGCCAGGGCAGAGCACAUACACGGUCAGCGCAAACGUAGAUCUGCGGAGAGCCGGUCUGCCGCAGGACGCGGCGGUUGGGUUCUCGGCGUCCAUCGCGGACUUCAUCGAGCAGCAUCAGAUUCUUUCAUGGUCGUUCGACUCCACCAUGUCUGAUUCAAAGACAAAAAACAGAGGUCUACUUGCCGGGCUAGUAUCCGCUGGUAUCUUCGUACUGCUCGUCAUAGCCUCAUGGCUCGGCUACCGCAAAUGUCUGAAAAGGAAGGGUAUAGCAUCUAGAGGUGCAAAGACCCCUCUUGACCAAGACAUGGACAACGAGUUUGAGAAGGGUGUGGGGCCUCGGAGAUUCAGGUACAACGAGCUAUCGCGGGCUACUCGGGGAUUCUCCGACGAGGAGAAGCUCGGCGAGGGUGGCUUCGGGGCAGUAUACAGAGGGUUCUUGCAAGACCAGGGGCUGCAUGUGGCCAUCAAGAGAGUUUCCAAGACAUCGAAUCAGGGGAGGAGGGAAUACAUCGCAGAAGUGACCAUCAUCGGCCGGUUAAGGCAUCGCAACCUUGUCCAGCUUGUCGGGUGGUGCCAUAAAGCCGACGAGCUCCUGCUCGUCUACGAGCUUAUGACGAACGGCAGCCUCGAUGCCCAUCUCUACAAUUCCACGGAAGUCCUAACAUGGGCAACCAGGUACCAAAUCAUUCUUGGCAUGGGGUCUGCGCUGACAUACCUGCACCAGGAGUGGGAGCAGUGCGUGGUGCACAGGGACAUCAAGCCGAGCAACGUGAUGCUUGACUCGUCGUUCAACGCCAAGCUGGGGGACUUCGGGCUCGCGCGCAUCGUCAACCACAGCAGCGGCGCUCACACCACGACGACGUUGGCCGGCACCAAGGGCUACAUGGACCCGGCGUACGCGGUGACCAUCCGGGCUAGCGCGCAGACUGACGUCUACAGCUUUGGGGUCGUCCUCCUCGAGAUCGCCUGUGGCCGCAGGCCCGUCGACCCUCAGGAGGAGGAGAGCAAGGUCCUGCUCGUCGAGUGGGUCUGGGGGCUGUACGGGAGAGGCGCGCUCCUCGACGCGGCGGACGCGCGGCUGGACGGCGACAUGGACGCGCGCGAGAUGGAGUGCGCGCUGGUCACGGGCCUCUGGUGCGUGCACCCGGACUACGGCUUCCGGCCGUCCAUCCGACAAGCCAUGAGCGUGCUCCAGUUCGAGGCGCCGCUUCCGGAACUCCCCCCGGAGAGGCCGGUGGCAGUGUACGCGCCGCCUCACGGAGUACACGGAUCGAGCUACACGUCGUCGACUGGGAGUUCCGGCGCCGGCGGAUGCUCGUCCACAAGUGACCGGACGGCGGCGAACAGCCGUUCAUUUGCCAUUGCGGCGUCCAGGACGAGUCAGACCACAAGGCCGACCACCGCGUCCACGCCUGACCAAACUCACGCCCCGGGCAUGACUGGGCAUGUUCAGUCCACGAACUUCUCUUCCUAGCACAAUACUGUCAAGGUGCGACUGUUUUACUACUCCAUCCGUAAAAAAAUGUAAGAGCAUUUAGAUUACUACUUUAGUGAUCUAAACGCUAUUGUAGU